AUGAGGCUGGGCAUCACCCUGCUCCUGUGCACUCUUGGGGCGAGCCAGGCUGACACAGAGAAGAUUGUCAAUGGCGUGGAGUGCCUGCCUCACUCGCAGCCGUGGCAGGUGGGGCUCUUUGAGGGCACCAGCCUGCGCUGCGGGGGAGUCCUCAUUGACCGCAGAUGGGUCCUCACAGCUGCUCACUGCAGCGGCAGCAGGUACUGGGUGCGCCUGGGGGAGCACAGCCUCAGCAGGCUGGACUGGGCCGAGCAGAUCCGGCGCAGCGGCUUCUCCGUGACCCACCCCAGCUACCGGGGAGCCCUGCAGAACCACGAGCACGACCUCAGGCUGCUGCGGCUGGGGACACCAGUGCGCGUGACCCGCGCCGUGCGGCCCCUGCCCCUGCCUAGCUCUUGCGCCGCAGCUGGCACAGAGUGCCACAUCUCCGGCUGGGGCACCACCAACAAACCAUCGAGCCCAUUCCCUGACCGGCUCCAGUGCCUCAGCCUCUCCAUCGUCUCCAAUGCCGCCUGCCGGGCCGUGUUUCCCGGGAGGAUCACCGACAACAUGGUGUGCGCCGGCGGGGUCGCUGGGAGGGACGCCUGCCAGGGUGACUCUGGGGGACCCCUGGUAUGCGGGGGAGUCCUUCAGGGGCUGGUGUCCUGGGGGUCCGUGGAGCCUUGCGGGCAAAAAGGCAUCCCAGGAGUCUACACCAAUAUGAGGAGGCUGAGGUGGCUGAAGGACUGGAAGUCGUCAGGCCCAGGCCCCGCAGCAGCGAAGGAACCCGGGCCUUGCCCUGCCCCGCUCCAGGCCAUGAUGAUUCUGCGAUUCAUCACGCUUGCUCUGGUGACAGGGCAUGUCAGGGGAGAGACCAGGAUCAUCAAGGGGUACGAAUGUCCUCCUCAUUCGCAGCCCUGGCAGGUGGCCUUGUUCCAGAAGACGCGGCUGCUCUGUGGGGCCACCCUCAUCGCCCCCAAAUGGCUCCUGACAGCAGCCCACUGCCGCAAGCCCAGCUACGUGGUCCUCCUGGGGGAGCACAACCUGCAGCAUCAGGAUGGCUCUGAGCAGAGGCGAAAGGCCACCGAGUCCUUCCCCCACCCAGACUUCAACAACAGCCUCCCCAACAAGGACCACCGCAAUGACAUCAUGCUGGUGAAAAUGUCCUCCCCGGCCCUCAUUACCAGGGCCGUGAGACCCCUCACCCUGUCGUCACACUGCGUCACUGCUGGCACCCGCUGCCUCAUUUCCGGCUGGGGCACCACGUCCAGCCCCCAGUUGCGCCUGCCCCACACCUUGCGAUGCGCCAACAUCUCUAUCAUUGACCACCAGGAGUGUGAGAGUGCCUACCCAGGCAACAUCACGGACACCAUGUUGUGCGCCAGCGUCAAGAAAGAGGGCAAAGACUCCUGCCAGGGUGACUCUGGGGGCCCUCUGGUCUGUAACGGGUCUCUUCAAGGCAUUAUCUCCUGGGGCCAAGAUCCAUGUGCUGUCACCAGAAAGCCCGGUGUCUACACAAAAGUCUGCAAAUAUGUAGACUGGAUCCAGGAGACCAUGAACAACAAUUAAACAGGACCCACCCCUCAGCCCCAUCUUCCUGUAAACAUUUGAUCUCAUUCAUUCUGCUCUCGAGAAACCCUAAGCCAGGACUCUUCCGUGCACUUCCUUGGCUGCAGGAGACGCUAUAGCUUUAUAACGAACUUGGGGUUUGGAAUCAGGGACGGCCUGGCUGGCACUAACCUGUGACUCUGGAAGCGAUGAUAGCUGUUACGUUCACUGUCAUAUCUCUAACCCCAGAGACAGUUCCUGAUGUACACCAAGGUUGUAAUAAAUAUUUAGAGUGAAUGAGUCCAUGGAGUACUUACUAUGGGCCAGACAGACCCUGGUCCAAAGGGCUUUUAAAUACAUCAACCAACACAAUCCUCACAAACUCUGAAAGGUCAGCACUAUUAUCAUACCCAUUUUACAGAUGAGGAAACUAAGCAUGGAGAAAAGAAAUUGUUUGCUCAUGGUCACUCGGCCAGUAAGGGAAAGAAGGGCAAGGAUUUGAAGCCAGGUGAUCUUUUAACUAACAAGUGAUCCCACCUUGACGGAAGCUCGGUUUCCUUAGCUGUAAAACUGUGCACCCAAAUGUCUGACAGCACAGUAAAUAAGUGAGCCCGCACAUAGCAAGGCCUCACAAAAGGGACCUCUAGUUAUAUUCCAACCUCCGUGACAAGUAGUUGGUUGAGGCCCACAUUGGCCAAUAUGGUGGCCACAUGCUCCAUUUAAAUAAAAAAUAAUGACAUAAAAUCAGAAACUUAGUUCCUCUGUCACACUUGACGCAUUUCAAAUGCUCCACAGCCACAUCAGAUAUGCAUAUAGAACUUUAGCAUCCUUUCCAAAAGGAUGGUCAGACAGGGCUGAGCUGAACAGCCUCUGAAGUUAAUUCCCGAAGGACAAGGUGCCUCAUAAAUCGUCAGGAAUUCAGGAUCCUUUCCAAUGUUCUGCUCGCCUUGCAA